AUAAUAAAUAAAGCCACUUUAUAAGGCCUAGAAUAUUCCUGCAUAACAUUAAACUACAGUAGGUGCAUUCACAUGUCAAGCUAAAAGGAAAGCAAAUGCACAGCAUAAAGAUGUGUGAAUGAAGACCAAUGCUGACCUUUUUCACAAGGGGGAGACAGCAAAGCUCUAAAUUCUCUUGAGUUCAUAGAGAGACAUGAAUCUGACCGCAAUCUUUCUGGUUAAUGGAGGGGGACUUUCUACCUUCCCCUAAAGACAGCUCUGGUCUUAUCUUAAAAUUGUGCAUCCUCCUUUCCUUCCCUCUUUUUGACAGCAGAAUAGAACACACCUUGUCGACCCACAUUCUACUAAGCUUCUUUAUUACCACAGAGAUAGGAGGAAAAAAAUGCAAUGAGGAUGGUGGGUGUGCGUUGCAAACCACGCCAAAGCUAUAACGAGGUUUUCAGCAUGCUUUGUGACCCCAGCGAGUUAUGAUUUAUUCACUAAACCCUAUUUAAUAAACAGAGUGCCCUAUGAACUAGAUCAGUGUAAAAAUAAAAGGGAGCACCUCUUUUUUUUUUUUAAGAGCCAGAUAAAAACCCAACUGUGAUUUUUUUUUCUUUUCCUGCGUUUCAUCUGGCCUUGCUCCUUGAAGGCGCACCAAACCUUCUUGGGCAAUAAGGGUGGAGGCGAGCAGGGCAGAAGCAGGGAAGCCUUUCUAGAGAAUUGCCAGCUUUACCCAACCCUGCUACCUUUCUGAAUGUAUCUGACUAAAAUUCCCAUUGCUAAUUUGUUCCCUGUCCUAAUUUGGGAUGGUAGGAGUUGCAAAUCCUACUAGCCGAAAUCCAAGGCACCCCCACCCCCCUUCCUCCGCUUUUCACUGGGGCGAGGGCGAGGCAAGAAGACGCGUCACAUUUUCAUUUGUGAUUGUGAAGCGUCCGAGGCAUUCAGGCUUUGAGCGCUGCUAGGGGUGGGGAACUGCUGGCGGCUGAGCGAAAUCCCAUCUUCGCGGCGUGGGUACAAUUUGUCCAAGCAUGACAGGAAAGCCAAGGAAUAACUCCCUUCUCCUCCCUCCACCCCCCCACGAAGGAGAUCCUUCCUCCGGGUUAAGUCCCCGAGAAGUGGCGUGAGUUACCCCCACCACUCUCCGCGGAUACUUAAUUCAGCAGUGGCCCUCGCCGAUUUCCAUUCCCCCAGACGGGUCUCUAGGCAAAGCAGCCUCGUCAAUCUGGCGGGGGAAAGGAAGCGAGCUGGAGGAGAAGGCGGGAGCCGCGGGGCGCGAGCCAUGGCUGAGGGGCAGCAGGUGGGCCCCGCCGCCGACGCCUGGGAAAUCGACGUGGAGAGCCUGGAAGAGCCCGAGCGGCCGCCGCAGCCGCCGCCUCAUGCGCCACGCGCGCCUUCGCUACAGGCCGCCAGAGACGACGACGACGAGGAAGACGACAACCAGGGAGACGAUGACGACGAGGAGGGCGAAGAAGACGAAGACGAAGCCGGGGCAGCGGGCGACCUUCUCCGGUUGCCUGGGUUGCCUCAGCCGCAGCUUCUCUCGCCGUCGCCGGCGGCGGAGGAAGGAGGCGUAGGCGGCGGGGAGCAGCCAGCCCGCAAGCUUAGCCGCACGCCCAAGUGCGCGCGCUGCCGCAACCAUGGCGUGGUGUCCUGCCUGAAAGGCCACAAGCGCUUCUGCCGCUGGCGGGACUGCCAGUGUGCCAACUGCCUGCUGGUGGUGGAGCGGCAGCGCGUCAUGGCCGCCCAGGUGGCGCUUCGCAGGCAGCAGGCCACCGAGGAUAAGAAGGGACAUACAGGGAAACAGGCUAAUUUUGAGCGCAGAACAGUGUACCAGAGACAUGUUCGGACGCCUAGUUUGCUGGCUAAAAGCAUUUUAGAAGUACUCCUUGGAUUUUAUCUUUACCUCUGUGUACGUAGAGAGAAUAGAAAUGCACCAGUUGUAGGUUAUCGUCCCAUUCCAGCAGAACCUUACCUUGGAGGGAAUUCGUCCUUGCCACCUCCUGUUAGCGACAGAAUGAGAAAAAGACGGGCUUUUGCUGACAAAGAACUUGAGAACAUAAUGCUUGAACGGGAAUAUAAGGAACGAGAAAUGAUGGAAGCCACCCAGGCUGCUGCUUUCUUCCUGCCAAACCGCAUGGUGCAUGGUCCCGAGUACAAUUCUUAUAAAAGUUUUAACCCUCAUCAAUUUGAAACUUCCAGUAAGGAGUUUUGUGGUUUUCUGCCUACCUGCUUAGAUCUGACUAUGCAGUAUUCAGGCUCAGGGAACAUGGAACUGAUCUCAUCAAAUUUGAGUGUGGCCACCACCUACAGGCAAUAUCCUUUACCCUCCAGAUUCUUGGUGUGGCCAAAAUGUGGCCCUCUCAAUGAUGCCCUUCUCUAUCAACAAUGCCUUCUAAAUGCUACCACAGUCCAGUCUGUCAAACCUGGAGUAGUUUGGGACAAUAAAGCUUCACAUGGCCAGGAUUUUCCCACCUCUGAACAUGACAUCACAUUGUCAAAAAAUGAGAACACGUUGCACCAUCCUCAUGUUCGGGAACUUGAGACACCGCAAAACAAACUCCAAAACAUCUCUCGGGAGGCUCAUGAGAGAUCAGCAUUUUCAUCUCCUAAGAGGACCUUUUCACAGAUCUCUGGCAAGGAUCCUACAGUUCAUCAGGACCCGUCUCUCAACAAGAUCAGCAAAGAAAGCAACAAGCAGCAUCUGCUACUGCCACCCUCAUCCAAAUAUAGCCCAUUCCAUUCAUUAUUCCAGCAGACGCUUCAUAGCAAAUCAGGAUCAGAGUUAAAAACCAGUUUUGAUGAGGCAUCCAAGAAAUAUAGAGAGUGUACCUUCAGAGAAAACCAAAAGUACAAAUUCAGCAUUGACAGAUAUGCAAAAGACUUUCUAGAGACUAAACAAGUUGUAACGAAAUUAUCAGCAAAUGAACCAUUACCAUUUUCUGUUGAAUCAAUUCUUAAGCGACCGUCUUCAAUGGUCACCAAUGUUUCUCAGUAGGCUGACAAUGUGAUCUUCCAAACAAAUCUAUUGGCACUUAGAAUUGAACUUAACCAUAUGUGCCAAGAAGUAAGUCCCUUUGAAUUCAUUAGAGAGUUCCUCUGCUAGGCACUUCGUCCACCAUACACUUGAAAGACGUUCUUCAGAUUUUGUUGAAAUUGAUUUCCAAUAAACAGGUUUUGAACUACAACACA